AUGGCCUUCUUCUGGGAGAGGGGAUUAUUUGUAAAAUGUUUCAGUGAUUGGUCAUUGGUGGGUAAGAUGAAAGGCUGGUGUGUUGAAAAUUGGAAAUGCAAAAUCAAACUCAAAACCCUUCCAAAUGGGUUUUUCUUGGUAAUCACUGAAGACGAUAAGGAUAAGCAAGGAAUUUUAAAUAACGAACCUUUUUUCAUGGGUGGAAGGGGUUUGUAUGUUAGGGAUUGGGAACCUAACUUCAAUCCAGUGUUGGCUCCGAUUGAAGAGGUACCCGUCUGGCUAACAUUAUAUAACCUUCCUAAAGAAUACUGGAAUGAGGAGUUCUUCCAAACCCUAGGUAACAAACUGGGAUUCUACAUCAAAGUGGAUGAGGCUAUUGAGUCCAAAGACUUCAGUAUGUAUGCACGAAUAUGUAUUAGGUGGAAACCCUAUUACCCAGUUCCAGAACAAGUUGAGAUCAUAACAAAUGCAGGACAGUGGCUUCAAAAUAUCGAGGUGGAGGAAUCUAACAAAAUAUGCAAGCAUUGCAAUAAAGAAAGACACAUGGAGGAAACCUGUUUAAUAAGCCCUAAAGGGAAAACUGUGGAGACAACGAUAGAAGAUGAGGUUACCUUCUACAUGAACAAGGAAAAUACAAGGAAGGAGAUGAGAUCAAAUGAGGACAUGACUCAACCUCUGCAAAAUCCCUUUAUUCAGGGGGAGGUCUUGAUGACCCACAACAAUACCACCCAGGAGGUGGAAGAAAUUGUAACAGAUGUUGCUCUUAUUAACAAACAUAUGGAGGCCAUAGGUUGGGUAGAAGAGGCCAUUGCAAGAGUAUAG